AUCUCUUGAUCGUGGCCCUACUUUUUUAACCCGAUCGCCCGUCCAUCGCUCCUUCCUCUUUUUCCUCAUCUUCAAGGUUGUUGGCCUUGUUCUGCCUAUUCUCCGGUGUGGAUUGGUUCUAGGUGCGUGGUGGCGGCUCGCGAUUUCGACCCGAGCCUUGGCGAUUUUAAGCCAGUCAGAAAUUGCUUGGAGAUGACGUCUAAACAGCAUCGCCAUUCUUUGGCGAGCCUGCACGCCGCAGCCCCCAUGGCGGGUUCCACGGCGACCAACACCCUCCGGACGGGUACCGCGACCAAUGUCAAUCUGAAAUACUUAAGCCUGAUCACGUUGACCGCCCAGAAUGCCAUAUUAGGCUUGAGUAUGCGGUAUUCGCGCACCCGUCCCGGCGACUUGUUCUUCGAGACCACGGCCGUGUUCAUGGCCGAGGUGAUCAAGCUCAUGACGUGCUUGUACUUGGUGUUUCGGGACGAAGGCCACGAUGUGAUGCGAUGGCGACGGACUUUGCACGAGACGGUGGUGGUGAAUUGGAUGGACACCUUGAAGGUCUGCAUCCCUUCGGCCAUUUACUUGGUCCAGAACAAUUUGCUGUACGUCGCAGCCGGGAACUUGGACGUGGCCACGUAUCAGAUCACAUAUCAGCUCAAGAUCCUGACUACGGCUGUGUUCGCCGUGAUUAUGUUGAACAAGAAGCUUAUCAAGAUCCAAUGGUUCUCGUUGGUGGUGCUGAUCGUGGGGGUGGCGUUGGUGCAGACUUCGGAUGCGAAAGAGAGCAAGGCCUCCAUUCAUGAGCAAUCCCGGGUCAAAGGCUUCACGGCGGCCAUUUGCGCGUGUGUUCUCUCGGGAUUGGCGGGGAUCUACUUUGAGAAAAUCCUCAAAGGCUCGGACAUCUCGGUCUGGAUGAGAAAUGUUCAGUUGAGCUUGUUGUCCAUCCCGUUGGGCUUCAUCGUGUGCUUGCUCAAGAGCUACGAUGGCAUCUCAACCAAAGGCUUCUUCCACGGUUAUGACCUGUUCGUGUGGUAUUUGGUGGGGUUGAAUGCCACGGGCGGAUUACUGGUGGCCGUGGUAGUGAAAUAUGCGGACAACAUCCUCAAAGGGUUUGCCUGCUCUUUAGCCAUCAUCUUGACCUGCGUGUUUUCAGUAUUCUUCUUCGGGUUUCAGCUCUCCGUUCAGUUUUGUUUGGGCGGGUGUUUGGUGAUCGGCUCGAUCUUUCUGUACGGUUACCAGCCCAAGUCCACCUUCGACAAAGCCUCUCAAAAGGUCUAAACGCCCAAGAGGUCUUAGAUACUUGUACUACUUAUUUCAUCAUGAUAAAUGACCGAUCUAAAUAAUUAAUCUACCACGGAAACGCAUUUGUUGAGUGCCUUUUGCGCAAAUAAAAGCAUAUAGAAUAUACCGAGAAGAAACAAAAAGACAA